AACGUGCACACGCCAAGAUGACAAACGACCGAUAGAAAGAAAGGGUUUUCAGAGCGCCGGGACUGCGGUUGCUACGACGACCAAUGCUCUUUGGGUUUGCAGCGAGCCAUGUGACAGGGACUUUGACGUCAGCUGGAGGCCGGGUCUGCGCUCGGCGUCUACGGAGCCAAAGCCUGGUGUGAGAAGCUGGUGGAUGCUGCUGGAGUUGGUCCGUCUUCCACGCUCUCUAGCUCUCCCUCGGUAUUACUAUUGCCGCCGCCGCCGCCGCCGCCGCUUCCCUUUGGGCUGCCAAGAGCAUGGAGUAUUAAAGACGUGCAUUUCUGCAGCGUGAGAUAAGACCCUGACACCAACAUGGGAAAACAGAACAGCAAGUUACGCCCUGAAGUCAUGCAAGAUUUGCUAGAAAGCACAGACUUUACAGAACACGAGAUCCAAGAAUGGUACAAAGGCUUCCUGAGAGACUGUCCCAGUGGACAUUUGUCCAUGGAGGAGUUUAAGAAAAUCUAUGGGAAUUUUUUUCCUUAUGGGGACGCUUCUAAAUUCGCUGAACACGUGUUCCGUACAUUUGACGCCAACGGUGAUGGAACAAUAGACUUCAGAGAAUUUAUCAUAGCUUUGAGCGUAACGUCCCGAGGGAAACUGGAGCAAAAGCUGAAGUGGGCCUUUAGCAUGUAUGACCUGGAUGGGAACGGAUACAUCAGCAAGGCAGAGAUGUUGGAAAUCGUUCAGGCAAUCUACAAGAUGGUUUCUUCCGUUAUGAAAAUGCCAGAAGAUGAGUCAACGCCAGAGAAAAGGACAGAGAAGAUCUUUCGUCAGAUGGACACUAAUCGAGAUGGAAAACUUUCUCUGGAAGAGUUUAUUCGAGGAGCCAAGAGUGAUCCAUCUAUCGUCCGUCUCCUUCAGUGUGAUCCCAGUAGCGCUGGGCAAUUCUAAACAAGUUGCUUGGAUUA